AGAAUGGGUGUGGGUAGGGUAUGACGGUAUUUGAAAAUUGGACUAAAUGUGUUUUCUUGUAUUUUGAGGUCAGUUUGGAAAUACGUAUUUUCCGUGAAAAAUAUUUUUUAAAAAAUGUGUCAUCCAAGUAAGAACUAAAGAAGAAAGCAGAUAUAAAAAAGAAUAGCUUCCCCUACAAGGCUUGUGACAAAAAAUUUUGAGAUUGCAUAAUUAAAGUAGAUCACUGAUAUCAAUAAGGAACUUUUCCAUCUAGCCUCCCCUGCUUCUGAAAUAACAUCUCUUUUCCCCAGUGAUUAUCUCAAUCACUAGCCUGUAUUCCAUUUCUGUUUAACCAUAAAACACAGGUCAAACUACUUAUUAAAAUGUCAGAGUAGGAUGGGAAAGGCAGAGCGAUGCUGCAAUUUGUUUUUUCUUAAGUUGUUGGAUAAUGUGCCAAAAACAAAUAUAAACAAGUAUAAAUACAGUUCAAGCAUACAAGUAAAACAUUUGUGGAAUUGUGAAAUAUUGUUCAGUAUAAAUAAUACACACAUUCUUACAUAAUUAAAUGGUUAGAGUAUAAAUGUGCAAUGGAUGAAUGCACAUUCACAAAUUCAAAUAUGUAAAUCAAUAGAAACGACUUUGAGUCGGUCAAAUGAGCCCCACCAAGCAGCAGUGUGUUUGCUAAUAUAGUGGUAAUGGCAGAAGUUAAUAUACCUUGCUGUGUUGAAUGUAAUCUAGACAUUGGAUAAGGCCAUGUUAGAGCUGACAGUUGUUACUCUACUAUUAAUUAGUGCAGCUGCAUGCAUUAUGUGCAUCUUAAGAGUCAAAGUAACCUAUUGUUAUUGUUACUCUUGAUCCUCAACACAAACACAAAUGAGACUUCAUAACUGGAUUUCUUAGUAAAUCCAAAUUCUCCCUUAUCACUGUCACAAGCAAUAAAAGCUUAAUGCAGAUGUCCAUUAAAUUAUUCAUGGCUUAGGUUCUGUAGGAAACCUUGAAAAAUCAAAUGAAGUCUACUAAAGCCUACUAAUUACCAAAAAUAAAAAUCCAUAAUGUUCACAACCUUCUAUUUAAUGGCGAUUGUUGACGGAUUCAUUACGUUCAGCUUACAAGUCCAUGUAUUUCACAGUCGCACGGUGUGAUGGGCGUUGCAGGACUAGAAGAAUACUGCUUCGUAAUUCACACAGCUCACAAGGGAGGUAAAUAUGCAAACCUAGUGUUAGUCAUAAGAUUCUCAUCUGCCUUCAGAAUUAAUCUGUAGGGCAAAAAUUGGGGAUAAAUCAUUUUCAGUGAGAUAUGUGGACAGGAAGUUUCACACCAACACUCCUACCUCAGGCUGUGCGUUGGCUGUGUUUGCAGGUCAUUUUACUUUGACCAACGAUGAUGGAGGGCAGCGUUAAGGUCAGUUAGUCAGUGACUGGAAAUGUCAACCCAGCUGACCCGACAUUCUUGCCUGUGUGCUGUGUGUUACCCUUAUUGACAGUUCCUCCUUAUGUUAACCGUUGGACCGUGAGCCCGUCUCCUCCUCGAUCACAUUUUUGCGUGCAUUCUCAUUUCUCGGAGGUGUCACGAUCCCCGGAGCCCAUCUCGCACGCCUCCUCGUUCCGUGGCACGGCUUCACUUGGUCCGAUUUGCGUAACACAAAUUCCUCAUUGACCUUAAGAGAAUGCUUCUCGGUUCUCUUAGUCACAAAAUGCCAGUAAGGCGCAAACGGUAAAAAUACUAUUUUGAUGAUAUUUUUUAACACGUUAGCACUUUCGAAGCAUUUACAUUUAUUCACUUUGCGGACUCCAAAGCAACAUAUAGCUUAGAGACAAACAAGACUUGUAAUGGAAGGUUAACCAGUUUGUUGUGGACUGAUUACACAGUGUUUAAUUAACACAAGCGUUUUGUUUGCAGCAGCUUGCUAUUAUUUAGGACCACAUGAAAAACUUUAAUUAUCCUAAUAGCUAUAGAGUGUUUACUCAUUUUUGCACAAUGACACAACAGUGUGUGGUUCGCCAGCAUAUGUUCUCAGUUGUCGUAAUUUUUCGUUGCCUUCUCAGAAUUUUGAGACUAUGCAUGUUGUGUAAACAAGUGCAGCCGUGUCCUUAUGGGUCCUAACAUUUUAAAAGUAGUGGUAUACUUCCUGUUUCUCAAGAUACAAAUAUUACAGCAGCACAUAUUGUCUCUUGUAGAUCAAGCCAGGUAUGCUUUGAUAAAGGGAAAGCGUAAAAUUUUUAUGGUGCUAGCCUCAAAGUUUUGCUGUUUCCAGGAGAUGGUAGGUUUAUUUUGUCAUCUAGUUUUGGCUACAUAUGAGGGCUACAGUGUGUUGCUCUGAUUUUUAUGUGAAAUUCAGCCCAAUAUACUAGACCUUGAGUGCAGUUAAGGUAGUGCCAAGGGUUAACAUCAGCUUCGCUGGGCCCUCUCCCUAACCUUUCAUUGGCUGCGUGGAAUCACAACGGUGAGAGUCCAGAGACGCACACAGUGAGAAGGCACAGGAGGGAAAAGAUAGCGCGGUGCAGGGCAGGAGUAACUAGGGUGACCUUUAAUGGAGUGCUCUGAGAUGUCUCACACCAAGACACUUUCCCCUGAGACCUCGCUCUGGACCUCCUCACUCGGGACGGGCGCAAGAGCCCACGUCACGUCCACCUGCCCGGUACGACGGCUGGCCCGGAUGUAGAGACCUCCAGCAUCUGCAGCAGCACCUUCAGAUCAGACUUCAUCUUCUCCAAUGUAUAUAUUGGAUAUAUUUCUGUACUCCGUGGCAGCUGCGUGACAAAGGAGUGUUUUUUACCAAGUCCUCCAACUCCGACUGCAGCAGCGACGCACCCGUGAACAGCUGGUGGACCAGGGCAUCAUGCCUCCCCUGAAGAGCCCUGCAGCCUUCCACGAGCAGAUCCGCAGCCUGGAGAGGGCCCGGACGGAGAACUUCCUGAAGCACAAGAUCCGCAGUCGGCCCGAACGCUCUGAGCUGGUGCGCAUGCACAUUCUUCAAGAGACUCUGGCAGAGCCCUCGCUUCAGGCCACCCAGCUGAAGCUAAAGAGGGCCCGGCUGGCCGAUGACCUCAACGAGAAGAUCGCGCAGCGCCCAGGGCCCAUGGAGCUGGUGGAGAAGAACAUCCUUCCUGUGGACUCUAGUGUCAAGGAGGCCAUCAUCGUCGGCCAGGUGAACUAUCCCAAGACACUGGACAUGUACCCAUUUGAGGAAGACAGCAGCGAUGCCCUCUCUCCAGAACAGCCUGCCAGCCAGGAGUCCCAAGGAUCUGCCCCCUCUCCUGGGGAGCCUAGGCCUGUUGAAGCUUCUCCCCCACUGCUGAGUUCUACCAUGCAGUACCAUCCUGCUGUGUCCCAGCCUAAAACGGAGCUCCCAAAACCUGUCUCCACCAGUGACCAGCCAGCAGCUCGUCUGGCAGCUGCCCCCCAGUCCAUCACCAUACCGGCUCCUUCAAAGCCAGGGCCCACACUGGUGAAGCACAGCCAACCCAAACCAGCCGGAGACAAGAGCCGCAGCAAGAAGGGCAAAGAGCCCAGACCACGAGUCAAAAAGCUGAAGUACCACCAAUACAUCCCUCCGGACCAGAAGCAGGAGCCUAGCGAGGCGCCCAUGGACUCGUCGUACGCACGGCUCCUCCAGCAGCAGCAGCUUUUCCUGCAGCUGCAGAUUCUAAGCCAGCAGCAGCAGCAGCACUACAACUACCAGGCCAUCCUCCCUGCCCCACUCAAGCCAGUGGCCGAGGGGCAGGCCGGCACUUCCAGCGUAGCUCUGAACAGCAACGGUGGCCUGACUAACUCCAUUGUGGUGUCGCUUCCGACCGCUGCCCCUGCACGGCCCAACAACACUCUGGCCAACCGCAAGCCUGGCCCACUGCCAGCCAACCUAGAAGACAUGAAGGUGGCUGAGUUAAAGAUGGAAUUGAAGCUUCGGGGGCUCCCAGUGUCAGGGACAAAGACGGACCUCAUCGAACGGUUGAGGCCUUUCCAGGAGAGCACCAGUGCCACUACUGUACCACCACCAAGCUUCACCGGGGGCACCCUGUCCCCCUCUGCUAUGGAGGUGAAUGCCUCUUCAACCGUUCAGCGCCUCUCGCCCAUCCAGCAGGGAGUGCCAGAGAGCAUGAAUUCAACACCCCCAGCAUCGCCCAUGCCCUUGGAGCUCUGCACUGUUGCCGCAGAGGAGGUGUCGGUGGCCGAACCCUCAAAAUCUGCUCCGGUGAUGUCUCCACGCAAAGAGGUCCCCGAGGAGAAGGACCGGCGCCUGCACGAGAAGGAGCGGCAAAUCGAAGAGCUCAUGCGCCGCCUGGAGCAGGAGCAACGCCUGGUGGAGGAGCUGAAGAUGCAGUUGGAGGUGGAGAAGAGGGGCCAGCAAGCAGGUCCUGCCCUAGAGCAGAGCCCUCCUGCCCCUGUAAAGGAGGAGAAGAGCAUCUCCCAGAACUGCUUGGCCACAUGGUCUCCCUUAACCCAGCCUCCUGUGGUCAAACAGGAGGAACCUGCCUCCAAUCCUGCCCCAGGCCCAAUCCCACCUGUCUCUCUGCCCCCCUUCUUCAUCCACCCAAAUGUGCCCCAAGUCUUAGGCCAGCCCCAGACUCUGAUCCCAACCCAACCAGGCACCACUCAGAUCCUAGUGCCAGUCUCACUCCCAACCACAGGCACCACCAUCCAACUGCCCAGCACCACUGUCAGCCUGCAGACUCAGCAGAUCGUCCAGGCAACAGUACCCACUCAAGCCCAAGAUCUCAUCCAGCCCUCUGUUCCCAAGAUGAUCUCUCAGAAAGCAGAGAAUUCAGGCCCACAGCACCUGCCCAACCAGAACCAUCAUUUGACAAAGACCUUUCCAGUGUGCACCACAUCAGCUAGCGGUCUCCAGUACAAUCCUAACCAGACCCGGGUGAUGAAGGAGAUUCCCCAGUGUUUUCUAAACAGUUCUCCGGAGGGCAGGUCUUCUACCAGUCUUCCCAAUGGGCCCGUGAACAAGACUCCCUCCCCACCCACCUUCAUCCUCCAAUCGUCUGGCUUCACUGGCCAUGCCCCCAAGAGCAAAGACCCACCCCGCUAUGAGGAGGCUGUCAAACAGACACGCAGCAUGCAGACCCAGGUUCCCACAGCAACCAGCCAGCAGAUGGAUGACCUGUUUGACAUCCUUAUUGAGAGUGGAGAAAUUUCCCCCUUCAUUCGACAGGACCUGCCUCCGCUGACCAAGACGCUGCCUGUGACAGCCAGCAUCACAACCCUGCCCAUCAACACAGUGCUGUCACGGCCCCCGCCACAGGUGCAGGUGGCCCCACCGCCCUCUCUAACCCUGGACUCCACGCCCAGUCUGGCCACUCUGGCCUCCGACAACCAGCUGGAGGCUUUUCUAGAGGGCACGCUGUCAGGGGAGCCAGAGCCACGGACGUUGGGUUUGGCAGACGAAUUGCACUGUCAGCUCCUGGACAACCCCCAUUCCCCGAUGGACACUUCUGAGUUGCCCUUCAUAGACCCCACACCUCCCUGCUCCUUCGACCUGCAUGACACUGCCCUGGACAACAUGGAGUGGCUGGACCUGACCAUGCCGGGGCCCGCCGGGGGACUCACUGCACUGGGCAUGUCCACAGACCUGCUGGACACACAUGACCUGCAGCUCCAUUGGGACUGAGGAACCCUGUGCAGCAGCUCUUCAGCAGCCCUAGGACGUAUGCAGUUGUGUGAAAUGCACUCACUCAAACCUUUGCACGUUGAGUUGGGGAAUGAGGUGGGUUUGUUGUUCCCUGCAGCUGCCUGAGAAGAAAGCUGGGGUAGCUGUGUGUCAAGGCAGCAGAGGAUCUGUCUGAACACAGCUGUCCUGCCAAAGGCCGUGCCCUCUCAACAGGUUUGAGCCCACAUCUGUGUGGACCCGAGGACCAUUGAGCAAUGUCCUUCCUGUUCUCUCCCAGAGGACGUGUAAGACAUUAGGAACAGCUGUACACCAGAAUGGCCAUAUUCAUUUAGGGUGACCUGUCCUUUCUCCAUGAGUGUGUGGGUUUAGGGGGAAAGGCAAACGGCUCUUCCUCUGUUCUGUGUUCCUUUGUUGUGCCAAACGAAACCCAGAACCUUGUCAGGCAGCUGAUGUCCUCAUCCGUCUUACACCUUUGUUUUCUAAUUCGCUCUUCUGUUUAUCCCAGUGAAUGUUGCCCUUAUUUCUGUGGUUUGCAACGAUGGACACAUUCUCCUGUUCACCAAUAACUUAUUAUAUGUAUGUUUUUUUGGAUUUUUUAAUUUUUUUUUAAAAGAAAGGCUAACCUUCAGAGACUGUGUUCCGGUAUCUGAAAUGUUUCAUAACCACUGAUAUCUCAAAAGGAUGGAAAAGGAUUUUUUUUUUUUUUCCUGUUCAAUGUUAGUUUUUAUACGUUUCAUAACCACAGUUCCGUCAAACUUGAAAUGUGAAAA